GGUUUUUAGCAUUUAUAUAUUCGAAUAUAUUCCAGUUUUCUCCACAAAUGCAAUGUGUCCGGAGUUUUGUGAAGAACGAAACGUUCAAUCGAAAUAAGAUUUUACUAGUGGCAUUCGUGGCAAGGAUAAUUCUCGUUUUCUACGCACACAUUCACGAUUAUCUAUUCAAGGUGAAUUUCACAGACAUCGACUAUCACGUGUUCUCCGACGCUGCCAAACAUGUCUCAAACGGUGGAAGCCCAUUCGACAGAGCCACUUACCGAUAUACGCCUGCGCUAGCAUGGAUUCUUUUGCCUGUUGUGCAUUUCCCGGACUUUGGAAAGAUUCUCUUCUGCAUUUUCGACAUCCUGGUGGCGAUUCUGUAUUUUAAAAUAAUGGAGAAAGAUUUAAACGAAACAAAAAGCGAAACACGAGAAGAAAUGAAAGAUGAUCAAACAAUGAAUGUCGUGAUUUACUGGCUUGCGAAUCCACUGACCGCUAUCAUCUCAGCCAGAGGAAAUGCAGAAUCUAUUGUUGCUGCAGUCGUGCUUCUGAAUAUUGUGCUACUUCAAAAAGGAUACUGGAAAUCUGCAGCUCUAGUUCACGGCGCCCUUGCGAUCCAAUUGAAGAUUUAUCCAUUGAUUUAUCUCCCAUCAGUUUUUCUGAGUCUUUCAACAAUUGGAGAACAAAGUUGUGUUGUGAACAAGUUUAAAAGUUUGGUUUCUAACUGGAAAGGCUUCGCAUAUAUGCUGGUAACUCUCACAUCAUUCGCAGCGGUGGUACUAUUCUUCUUCCAAAUCUACGGACAACUAUUCCUCGAUGAAUAUCUGAUCUACCACGUCAAAAGAAGAGAUCUCGCCCAUAACUUCUCGCCGUACUUCUACCUAUUGUACCUGUAUGAAGCGAAUCCGACAAUGUCACAGAUCAUCGGCCUCGGAGCAUUCAUUCCACAAAUUGUGCUGAUCGUGUUCUUCGCCUUCAAGCAUUACGAUGAUCUUCCCUUCUGCUGGUUUAUCACCACCUUCGCAUUUGUUACAUAUAACAAAGUGUGCACAAGUCAGUACUUUGUCUGGUACAUUGUUCUUCUACCUUUACUCGCUCAUAAAAUUAUGAUGUCCCGACAACUAGCGUUAUCUCUAAUGGCCGCGUGGUUCGCAACACAAGGAAUCUGGCUUCUCGCUGCGUAUUUAUUCGAAUUCCAAGGAUGGAAUACAUUCUUUUUGAUGUUCCUGGCCUCCUGCCUGUUUUUGAUUGCAAAUUCAUUUAUUCUCAAACAAAUUAUCAAUCAUUAUGUACCAAUAGUCAAGCCAAAAACCGAUUGAUCUCAUUCUGUAAAAUGAUAUUUAUGUUCACUUAAAGCUUUAGUCGCCUUUUUCAUAUGGGUAAUUACUUGUAUUUAUUUUUAAAAUUAAUAAAUUUUAUUGCAUUUUUUA